CUCUCCCAGAAAGGGUGAGGGGGGGUGGUUUGCCUGACGGACCGAGUACGGGUGCCGAGCGGGCUCUCGCGGAAGUCCAUGCGCCAUUGGGAGGGCCGCGGUGGCUUCUCGGUGUCCUUGUUGCCCAGGGCCCUUUCCUGGGUUAUUCCUGGAGCAGAAGCCGGACUGGGACUGACACCCGGCUCCCGCGCGGCCGUCUCAGCGCCGGUGCGACCUCCUCGCUGGAGGGAUGUGGCGUCUACGCCGGGCCGCCGUGGCCUGUGAAGUCUGCCAAUCCUUAGUGAGACAUAGCUCUGGAAUAAAAGGAAGUCUGCCACUACAAAAAGUGCAUCUGAUUUCACGAAGUAUUUACCAUUCACAUCAUCCUACUUCAAAGCUUCAAAGAACCCAAUUGAGGACAUCAUUUCAUCAGUUUUCCUCUCUAUCUAACCAUCCUUUACGUAAAUUGAAACUUUCUCCGAUUAAAUAUGGCUACCAGCCCCGCAGGAAUUUUUGGCCAGCAAGAUUAGCUGCAAGACUCUUAAAACUUCGAUAUCUCGUACUGGGAUCUGCUGUUGGGGGUGGUUAUACAGCCAAAAAGACUUUUGAUCAGUGGAAAGAUAUGAUACCAGACCUUAGUGACUAUAAAUGGAUUGUGCCUGACAUUGUUUGGGAAAUUGAUGAUUAUAUCGAUAUAGAGAAAAUUAUAAAAUCCCUUCCUAAUUCAGAGGACCUUGCAAAGUUGGCUCCUGACUUUGACAAGAUUGUUGAAAGCCUCAGCCUAUUGAAGGACUUUUUCACCACAGGUCACAAAUUGGUUAGUGAAAUCAUAGGAGCUUCUGACCUACUUCUCUUGUUAGGUUCUUCUGGAGAAACCACAUUUAGAGCAACAGAUCAUGGACCUGAAAGUGACAAGCAUUAUAGAAAGGGUCUGCUUGGUGAGCUCAUUCUCUUACAACAGCAAAUUCAAGAACAUGAAGAGGAAGCACGCAGAGCUGCUGGCCAAUAUAGCGCGAGCUAUGCCCAACAGAAGCGCAAGGUGACAGACAAAGAGAAAAUUGACCAACUUCAAGAAGAACUUCUACAUACCCAGUUAAAGUACCAGAGAAUCUUGGAACGGUUGGAAAAGGAGAACAAAGAACUGAGAAAAUUAUUGUUGCAGAAAGAUGACAAAGGCAUCCAUCAUAGAAAGCUUAAGAAAUCUUUGAUUGACAUGUAUUCUGAAGUUCUUGAUGUUCUAUCUGAUUAUGAUGCCAGUUAUAAUACACAAGAUCAUUUGCCAAGGGUUGUUGUAGUUGGAGAUCAGAGUGCUGGGAAAACUAGUGUGUUGGAAAUGAUUGCUCAAGCACGAAUAUUCCCACGAGGAUCUGGGGAGAUGAUGACACGCUCUCCAGUUAAGGUGACAUUGAGUGAAGGUCCUCACCACGUAGCAUUGUUUAAAGAUAGUUCUCGAGAGUUUGAUCUUACCAAGGAGGAAGAUCUUGCAGCAUUAAGACAUGAAAUAGAACUGCGAAUGAGGAAAAAUGUGAAAGAAGGCUGUACUGUUAGCCCUGAGACCAUAUCCUUAAAUGUAAAAGGCCCUGGACUGCAGAGGAUGGUGCUUGUUGACUUACCAGGUGUGAUUAAUACUGUGACAUCAGGCAUGGCUCCUGACACAAAGGAAACUAUUUUCAGUAUGAGCAAAGCUUAUAUGCAGAAUCCUAAUGCCAUCAUCCUAUGCAUUCAAGAUGGAUCUGUGGAUGCCGAACGCAGCAUUGUUACAGACUUGGUCAGUCAAAUGGAUCCCCAUGGAAGAAGGACGAUAUUUGUUUUGACCAAAGUAGACCUGGCAGAGAAAAAUGUGGCUAGCCCAAGCAGGAUUCAGCAGAUAAUUGAAGGAAAACUCUUCCCAAUGAAAGCUCUAGGUUAUUUUGCUGUUGUAACAGGAAAAGGAAACAGCUCCGAAAGCAUAGAAGCAAUAAGAGAAUAUGAAGAAGAAUUUUUUCAGAAUUCAAAACUCCUAAAGGCCAGCAUGCUAAAGGCACACCAGGUGACUACAAGGAAUUUAAGCCUUGCUGUAUCGGACUGCUUCUGGAAAAUGGUACGAGAGUCAGUUGAACAACAGGCUGAUAGUUUUAAAGCAACACGUUUCAACCUUGAAACUGAGUGGAAGAAUAACUAUCCUCGCCUGCGAGAACUUGACCGGAAUGAACUAUUUGAAAAGGCUAAAAAUGAAAUCCUCGAUGAAGUUAUCAGUCUGAGCCAGGUUACGCCAAAACAUUGGGAGGAAAUCCUUCAGCAGUCUUUGUGGGAAAGGGUAUCAACUCAUGUGAUUGAAAACAUCUACCUUCCAGCUGCACAGACCAUGAAUUCAGGGACUUUUAAUACCACAGUGGACAUCAAGCUCAAACAGUGGACUGAUAAACAGCUUCCUAAUAAAGCAGUAGAGGUUGCUUGGGAGACACUACAAGAAGAAUUUUCCCGCUUCAUGACAGAACCAAAAGGAAAAGAGCAUGAUGACAUAUUUGAUAAACUGAAAGAGGCUGUUAAGGAAGAAAGUAUCAAACGCCACAAGUGGAAUGACUUUGCAGAAGACAGUUUGAGGGUUAUUCAACAUAACGCUUUAGAAGACCGGUCCAUAUCUGAUAAACAGCAGUGGGAUGCAGCUAUUUACUUCAUGGAAGAGGCUCUUCAGGCUCGUCUCAAGGACACUGAAAAUGCAAUUGAAAACAUGGUGGGUCCAGAUUGGAAAAAGAGGUGGCUGUACUGGAAGAAUCGGACCCAAGAACAGUGUGUUCACAACGAAACCAAGAGUGAAUUGGAGAAGAUGUUGAAAUGUAAUGAGGAACACCCAGCCUAUCUUGCAAGUGAUGAGAUAACUACAGUCCGAAAGAACCUCGAAUCCCGAGGAGUAGAAGUAGAUCCAAGCUUGAUUAAGGACACUUGGCACCAAGUUUAUAGAAGGCAUUUCUUAAAAACAGCUCUAAACCACUGUAAUCUGUGUCGAAGAGGCUUUUAUUAUUAUCAAAGGCAUUUUGUAGAUUCUGAGUUGGAAUGCAAUGAUGUUGUCCUAUUUUGGCGAAUACAGCGCAUGCUUGCAAUCACAGCAAAUACUUUAAGACAACAACUUACAAACACUGAAGUCAGGCGAUUAGAGAAAAAUGUUAAAGAAGUACUGGAAGAUUUCGCUGAAGAUGGUGAGAAGAAGGUUAAGUUGCUCACUGGUAAACGAGUCCAACUGGCCGAAGACCUCAAGAAAGUUAGAGAAAUUCAAGAAAAACUUGAUGCUUUCAUUGAAGCUCUCCAUCAGGAGAAGUGAAUUGUAAUAAAACCCUACUUAUUAUAUCAUCACCUUGGCAUAUAUGAAGAAAGAAAACUCCAAAGUCUUUUUCCUGCCUUUUUUCCUUCUGCUAUCCCACCUUUCCAAACAUAAAAUAAAGUCAUGGGGUAAAAAUCAUUCAUGUGUGUUAGAGGCACCUAAACCACCAGCUGCCUUUUGAACAGAAGAGCAGGGUAAAUGGCAUUAGCAUCCUAUUUUAUUGUAUUGAAGUGACAAAUUGGGGUAAUGUAAGUGGUAUGACCAUUAGGUUCAGUCCUUAAAGAUAAGAAACUUGCUCUCCUGCCUGUUGUCUCAUUUGUGGUGGCACUAGUUCAACUAAUUCAUUAGCUGAUGUCACUCCACGUCAGUUUCUUAGAAAAAGAAUGCUAGGUGUUUUAAAUAAAACUUACAGAAAUUUUCUAAAAGCUAUCAACUGUAUAUAAAAUGAUGAUAACCCGCUAAGUUGGCUGUAUCUGUAAUGUUCUAUAUCCAGAAACUCUUUGACCACAAUAAUUCAGUUCAUAUUUGUCACAUGGAAGAAAACUAACAAGAGAGCCCCUCAAAUCAGGUGAUUUGGAUUAUAAUUCCACGAACAUUCAGUGAAAGAUUUCAACUCUGCCUUGACAGUUUAGAGCAGUGAUUCUAAUGUGCAGCCAAGGUUGAGAACCACUGGUUUAGAGAGCUGCCUGAGAAGCCCAGGCACUAGCAGCUUACCUAUUUGAUUCAGCUAAUGUUUUUGUACUCUCUGUAUCUAUUUGAAAUCCAUUCGUUUUGGAUGCUGUAUACUUAAGCUAGGCUUUCUGUUAACAGUGGUUUUUUUUUUUUUACCUGUUGACAGAGCUAUUGGGUUGUGACACAGGAUAGGGAAGAUUAAGAAUAAUCAAUUGACUAAUUACAUUUAGACUAUUGUCAAACAUUUCACCUAGGCAUCAGUAAAAGGCCUUCUUUCAUCUGACUAUUUUAAAUAGAAAUUAUUUCAACAAUUAGAAUAAUGUUGACCAUCCCCCUCUUAACUGAACAUUUAAAGGAAAAUAUAAAAUUUAAUUUAUUGCAAUUCAAUUACAAUAACAUCCUCACAGCAUUUUCAUGUUUUAUAAAUAUUUCUUAUUGGCUAAAGAGCUUUAAAGCAAAGAAAUAAGCCAUUUUUUAUUUAAAGUGUCUUUCUCAUUUAACUCUGCUCUUUGCUGCCAUCUCAUUACCUUUAUUAUUCUAAUAAAAAGGCCCAUUGUGUGACAGUUUUUAUUUUAGAGUGUACUUAAUUUUACAAUUUUUUUGGAAUUAUGUUUUGGUAACAGUUCCUUGCCACCCGGCAUUUUUUUUUUUUUUUAAUUUAGCAUCAAUACAUCCUUCAUCAUGAUCUCUCUUAAGAUCUGAUACUUAAUAUGUAAGUUUGGAGGAUAAUCACAAAGGACAGAAAUGUAGAGUCCAAUGAACGCUUGUUUUAUACUGUUUCCUGAGUGUGGCAGACCCAGCUUUCAGCAGCUGGCAGCAUGUGCAUUGUUAUUUGGUAGGGGAGUGGUCAAGAACAUUUCCUGUCUUAGAUUUAGGGAUCCUGGGUGAAAGGGAAGGGGGCUCCCCUGUGAGAUGACCUUCCUAGUUAACUUCCUCCAACUAGUGCUGGCCAGUAGGUAAACCCCUCAUUGAAGCUGACAUCAUGCAAUUAUUAAUUCUUUUGUAGUUGUACAAGAACUUUACAACUACAAAUCUAUUUCUGAAUCAAAAAGGAAAUAGGACCAUAUUUAUUUCUAGAUAGGAAAAAAUGCCCUCAUUUGCAUUUCCACUGUUUUCUUCCAAGAAAAAGGCUGAUGUUAAGUAUUUUUAGCCCAUCCCCUUGUAUAAAUUUAAGAAAGGGGGUAGGGUGACCUUAUUUCUUUGAGAUCAGUAUUUGUAAUUUAAAUAUAUAAAUAGAUGAUAAAAAUGAAUAUUAUUAAAAAUCCCAUAUAGGAGUCCAGACAUUUUUCCAUCCUCCUCAGUAAUAUGACAUAUCUCAUGGAUAAUAUAUAUAUUUUCUUUUUUGCUGAUCUCAUACUAAGCAUGCUUUUUUUUUUUUUGGAAGCUACGUACUUAUUAAAAGCAGAUGUUAAUAAAAUAAAAUUAUGAUUCUCAACAGUAAAUCCUCUGUGUUGUGUCUGUAGUUCAAAAAUUACAAAUGAUUCCGAUUUAAACAAAUCACUUCAGAAAUCCAAUGUACAGAAGUUAAAUUCCAACUAGACUAGGAAUUAUUUGUUUUUCAUGUCGGGAUUUGCCAGAAAAUAGCAUGAACAAAGCUGUGUAUGGAAGACUGAACAACCGGAAAUAAAUUAUAUCUAAAAUGUACUCAGUCAGGGUCUCGAUUUAAACAGUCAGCCUGGAGGCAGUGCACAGUGGGAAACAGGUUCUUGUGCUUUGUGGCUGAACCAUCUGAGCUGUACUUGUAGGUGGAGCAAUCGCCCUUUUUUAGUAGCUUAAUUGUCUGCUCUCUUUGUAUUAUCCCCGUUUUCCAGCCUUUGCUCCAACAGACUCCUUCCCCCAACAGCCUCCAAAUGCAAAUGAAUAGAGUAAAAGUGAGUAGGGAACAUUGCAGAGAGUGGAGCUUCCUAACCUUAAGAUUUGGGAACUUUACAUAGGCUAACACUCAGGAUGUAGCUUUAAAAGAUAAAUCCCUUAUUUAGUUAAUCAUUUUAUAUUUAUUUAUUUUAGAUUGAUUUGUGUGUGUAAAGAAAUAUGGUAUUUUAGUUUUCCAGUAAAGGGGAUCAGAGUAAUGCGUUUUAUCUCAGUUCUCUAGGCUGAGUAUAAGCUAUAGUCUCAGGCCCUUUAGCCGCAUGGAAAUGUGCUUACAAAUAUGCUUACCUUUUGAACAAUCAUGACUAUGUUUAAAUUCUUAAAACAACCUUGUUUUUACUUGCCACUGUGAGUGAACUUUGUAUUUUUUUUAAAACCUUCAUACUACAUGUAGAUGUUAUUGCAACUUAUCUUUUGCCUGUGCCUGUGGCUUUCACCCACAAAUGCUGUAUGUUGUACCUAUUUGAAGGUCAUUUGUGUAGAUUAGUAAUUAAAGAUCUUAUCCAAAGAGA